AUGCGUUCCCCAGACAAGUGUGUGAAGUGCAACGUGGAGUGCAAUGUGGACGGGUCUGACGCUGUGAAGUGCUCGGAGUGCGGCGAUGUGCUACACGUGGCCUGUGCGGGACCGAACGUGCAGAGAAAGACGCGAAAAAAUAAUCAGUUCAAGUGCGACAAAUGUAAAGAGUCGUCGGUAUCCAUUUCAAGUGCUAGUGACAGUGAGGAGUCGUCGCUACUUAAAGCAAUUAAUAGUUUGCGCGCCGAUUUCACCAAUACGCUUGGUAAAAAACUCUCUGAAAUGGAGAAAAAGAUAAAUGAAUCGAUCCACGGUAAGCUUAACGAAAUAAAUGACAAAAUUAAUUCGUGGCAAGAGACAGUUGUAACGUCAAUAACAGAUCUAAAAUCCGAAAACGAACUGUUGAGAGAGGAGUGUGGCGAGCUGAAAUCACGGUGUGAUGACCUGUCCAAGCAGGUCGGCACUUUGACGGAAGACCUUCAGGAACUGCAACAAUACAGCAGAAUAGACAAUCUAGAGAUCGUCGGAGUCCCCCUGACUAAGGACGAGGAUGUCUACGCAGUGCUGCAAGCAGUCGCCAACGCCAUAAAGACGCCCUGGAGGCGUGAUGACAUCUCCAUCGCACACCGAGUACCUUCGAGUCGCCAACGCUUCCCUAACAUCAUCGUGCGCUUCAUCAGACGGACUGCCAAGCAUGCAUGGAUCAGCUCAGCCAAAGAUCUACCAGAGAACCUGACAGCCUUCAUGGUCCACCGAAGCUUCCCCAACUCACCUGUCUUCAUAAACGAACACCUGUCAGCUCACAGUAAGGCAACUUUAAACCAUGCCAAGACAUUAGUAAAAGAGAAACGUCUGGCAUAUGCAUGGGUGAAGGAAGGUAAAAUUCUUGUGAGGAAGACACCUAACGAGAGGCCGAAGCGAGUGAGGAGCGUCAAGGAUGUGGAGGCGGCAGCGGGGGCGGCGGUUCAGCAGAAGCAGACCAACGACGAGGACAAUGGUGAAGAAUCAGCCGAAACAACGGACAGGUGUGAAGAUCGUCGUGGCCAGGAUGUGUAA